CAUUCUGUGAAUUCUAUUUUGAUAGUAAGAAAAGAGAUUAAUCAAAGUUUUGGCGCUGACUGCCGUUACGAGUCUUUUCAGAUGGACCUAUCGGAGGAGUGUGCCCACGGUGGUCUCGUGUUGCUGGUGCCAGUUUGUCAUUUUCGCCAUUUAACUGGCUCCCCCCGUGACUUAUUGGCAGCCUCAGUGAUUCUGGUUGAUCGGAUGACGACUGGGUUCAAUGUAAUUUAUCCAUGCACUCAUAUGAUUACAACGUAUCGUACACUCGUCCUUGCUGUAUGUCACGACCCAACCCUCAUCCACGCUCACUGGAGAAAUAGAUGGGCUGACGAACCGAUCUUCUCUCCUAUCCUACUGGCAGGUGCUAUCCUUCGUGUCAGUAAACGUGGUUCACUUCCUCUUGCCAAGCCACACUCACGAGUAACAAACGUCGUCUUCGAACUCCCGUUAUACUUUGAUGAUGCCCACCUUCCAUCCCUCUGUCCCCCUGGAGUUGGCUUCUCAACGGCUGCCCGCAAAGCGGGCAAUCUCGAUGGGAUGAAUGUGGUGGGACGUGAUGCUGAGACGGCAUAGACGGGGAGGAGUGUUACUGGUGUGGUGAUGGAGGAGAAGCUUAUGAAGCGAGAGGCUAGAUCGUUGAAGCCUCGGCCUGACAUUUCGAAAUAGUCAAUUAUUAAGGGUGUGCUACAGGAUCACAGAACGACACAACGCGAGGUUAAAUACAAUACACGUUCGAUUACAAGU